CAUCUUGAUUUGGAUUUACAUAACAAAAUCCAAUCAAAUUAUAAUCAACUCAAAAAGUAGGAUGUCUAUGAUCCAUAUUCUUCAACGUUGUGCCGGUUCCGUUUGCACCACGACUGGAUUUUCAUUUCAGCAAGUACGUAACAAAUGGACCGAUUGGCGAAUGAUAAAAGACGCUAAGCGCCGAAAAUGUGUAAUGGAACACGCAAAGGAUCGUCUUCGUGUGAAUUCACUUCGUAAAAAUACUAUAUUACCUUUGGAACUUCUGGAAGUUGCUAGUGCUGAGAUUCAUGCUUUUCCCCGUGACACGUCCUUGGUAAGGGUUAGAGAACGUUGCGCCGUUACAUCCAGACCUCGUGGUAUUGUUCAUCGGUGGCGCGUUAGCCGUAUUGUUUGGAGACAUCUAGCCGAUUAUAAUAAAUUAUCGGGUGUUCAGAGGGCUAUGUGGUAAAUAAAACUACUUUGCGAAGCUUGCAA